ACGCUGGUCCCCGCCUCGCCGGGCAUCGCGGGCAGCAGCGGGAGGAGGCCGCAGAGGCGCCGCCGCCAUGCUGAGCGCGUUCCGCUCCAUCCCCACGCAGAUGGACUACAAGGGCCAAAAAUUAGCAGAACAGAUUUUUCAAGGAAUCAUUCUUGUCUCUGCAGUAAUUGGUUUUAUUUAUGGAUACAUCACUGAACAGUUUGGAUGGACUGUCUACAUAGUUAUGGCUGGAUUUGCUUUAUCAUGUUUGCUGACGCUCCCUCCGUGGCCCAUGUACCGCCGCAACCCCCUCAAGUGGCUGCCUGUGCAGGAGUCAGGCACGGAAGACAAGAAGGCAGCAGACAGAAAGCCAAAGAGACACGCUAAAAGCUAAAGAUUACGGUUCUUCACACUGUUACUUUGUUAAAUUUUGUUAAAUGAAUUCCCACUGGGAGAUAC